AUGCGUCACACCUUUUCAAUACUUGCCGUUCUGGCCAGCACUGCUUUCGCAGGCGAUAUCCAAGCCCGAGAUGCGUGCUCUGAUGCGUGCGCAAACGCGUACAACACAUGCCGUUCCCAGCCUGACGCGAACCGCGCCUCGUGCGCUGCCAACUACGCCACUUGCCUCGGGUACAACCCGUUCGAUAAUUCGGGCUCGCUCGUCACACCCACCGGCUGUGUGAUCACCACGGCGACUCCGGCUCCCCCGGCCCCCACCAGCGCCUGCGUGACCGCUUGCAACAAUGCGUACGAUACUUGCCGUUCCCAGCCUGACGCGAACCGCGCCGGGUGCGCCGCCGAUUACGCCGGUUGCCUCGGGUACAAUCCCUUUGAUUCAGGAUCUUUGGUUGCACCCACUGCUUGCGUUGGUAGCCCGAUCGUGUCCACGGCCGCAUCAAAUGGGACUCGCUCAAUGACCAUGACGACCCAGGUGGUCAUGUCCUACACCACCUACUGCCCGAGCCCCACAUCCUUGGUUGUCAACAGCAAGACCUACACAGUCACUCAGCCCACCACUCUGACCAUCACCAAUUGCCCUUGCACUAUCACCACCAGUGUGCCUGUCUCGACACCUGCCGUGGUGAUCCCACCUGCCGCCACUACGAAGCCAGUACAAGUUGCCGGGGCUGGAAAUAUGAAGCCGGCUAUGGCGCUGCUUGCAGGCGUGGGAGCAGUAGCGUUUCUCUAA